GAAAAUUUGCAACCUAAUUUUGGGGGCACCCACCGUGUUUCGUGUUUGAUGGUGGGUUACAAGCAAGAAGAACAAAGUAGGCUCCUUACUUGAAGAACGGUGGUGUUUGUGUGUGAUUUGUUGUCCAUCCGGCGAGGCAAAAGUGGUACGAAACAUCAUCGAAAAAGGAAGAAAGCCAUCAUCACGACACACAUCGCACGAUACCAUAUUGGAAACGUCAUCAGAGUAGUGUGUAGCAACCGUCGUCGUCAUAUAACCCGAUCGAACCCGGUGCUAACAAGGCCAAGGACACGCGUGAAUAUUGCAUACACCACCUACUCGCCACUAGCUCAUCAUCAAACGUCGAUUGAUCGUGUAAGCGUCCAUCGCGUGUACAGGUGCUGAUCGUUCCGUUGUCCCGCGCAGACCUAUAUCAUCGCGCAGCAGUGUUGCGCGCAGUGUUGCUUUGGUGCAAAACGGUUCCGGGACGCACGUGCGUGCGUGCGUUUUGCUGUCCCGUCUCCCGUCCCAAGUCAUUGUGCUGUGUGUUGUGCUCAGUGUUCAGUAAGGUGUGACGUCCGAUAGCUUGGGUAGGAGCAACGUGGGAUCCUCAUCAUCUCAUCAUCUCAUUUCGUUGCCCAAAGUUCCACAUCGGGGAAUUCACAUCUCACACGGGCGGGGGGAAAAGGAAUCAAAACAUCCAAAUUCAUCGUGUGUGUGUGUCUGUGCAUUGCUUGCGUUUACGUGGUGUGAUCAUAUCCUAGCCAAAGCUAGCAGCAUAUCAGUGUUUAAGAGUACAGGCAGUAUAAUUUGUAGUAAAUUAUUGAUCACACUCUCUCUCUGUGUGCUCUCGCCUAUCGUCAAGGGCACACCUGUGUAACGUGCGUCCUGUGUGGGUCGUUUCGUUUCUUUAGUGAGUUUGUUAGUGUUAUAAGAAAAUUUGAAGAACAACUAUUGGCGAUCGUAUCGGAAGAGUUACCCAUCACACACACACAUAUUGUGUUUGUUGUGUGCGUGUAUGUAGGAUCUGGGAUCGUGUAGUUUAAAGAAAACAAAACAAAACCCCCAUCUGCCCGACAAAAUGUUCAUCGAAGAGGACAUUAACAUGGAAAGCGCCUGGGUGCAGACGGCCAUCGGGGCGAUCAAGAUCAUCACGAUGGUGUACGACAUCAUCACGAUGCCGAUCUAUCUGGCCAUCCAGCGACCGUGGAAGCGCAAGCAGCUCGCCCGAAGGGUAAAGGCCAAGAUCAUCCAGCAGGACAGCACCUCGGUCACAUACCGGACGGUCGAUUCGCCCGGCGAGAUGCACGUCAAGAUGAUGCAGAACAACAUCGACACGCUCGAGCGGAUGUUCAACUUCGUCACGAAGGUGCACACCACCAAGCGGUGCAUCGGUACGCGCCAGAUCCUCGGCGAAGAGGACGAGAUGCAACCGAACGGUCGGAUGUUCAAGAAGUUCCGCAUGGGCGACUACAAGUGGCGCAACUUCAUCGAAACGGAGCACGCCGCCGCCUGCUUCGGGCGCGGUCUGCGCGAGCUUGGCCAGCAGCCAAAGCAGAACAUUGUCAUCUUUGCGGAAACGCGCGCGGAAUGGAUGAUUGCGGCGCACGGUUGCUUCAAGCAGAAUAUGCCGGUGGUGACGAUCUACGCAACGCUCGGCGAUGAUGGUGUGGCGCACGGCAUCAACGAGACGGAAGUAACGACCGUGAUUACGUCGCACGAGCUGCUGCCCAAGUUUAAGAGCGUGCUGAACGUGACGCCGAACGUGAAGAAGAUCAUCUUCAUGGAAGAUCAGCUGCAUCCGACGGAAACGACCGGGUUCAAGGAGGGCGUGGAGAUCAUUCCCUUCAGCAAGGUGAUCGAAACCGGCAACAAGAGCACGAUUCCUGGUUCUCCACCGGCCGCCGAAGACACCGCCAUCAUCAUGUACACGUCCGGCUCCACCGGAACGCCGAAGGGUGUCCUGCUGUCACACGCGAACUGUAUCGGUACGAUGAAGAACUUCUGCGACAUCUUCAAGAUUUAUCCGGACGAUGUGCUGAUCGGCUUCCUACCGUUGGCGCACGUGUUUGAGCUGCUGGCAGAAAGUGUCUGCCUGCUAACGGGCGUACCGAUCGGGUACUCGACACCUCUCACACUGAUCGAUUCGAGCAGCAAGGUGAUGAAGGGCUGCAAGGGAGAUGCGUCCGUGCUGCGGCCAACCUGCAUGACAUCGGUACCGCUCAUCCUGGAUCGAAUUUCGAAGGGUAUCAACGACAAGGUAAACGCAGAAACGCCCAUGAAGAAAGCAUUCUUCAAGUUCGCCUACAAUUACAAAUCGAAAUGGACGUCUCGAGGCUACCAAACGCCGCUAAUGGACAAGAUCCUCUUCAAAAAGAUCGCCAAGCUGCUCGGGGGCCGCAUCCGCAGUGUCCUGUCCGGUGGUGCACCGCUUGCACCGGACACCCACGAACAGAUUAAGCUUUGCCUGUGCGUGGACGUGAUCCAGGGUUACGGUCUGACGGAAACGACAGCCGGAGCGGCCGUAAUGGACAAAUGGGACAUGGAGUACAGCCGGGUCGGUGCGCCAUCCUCCAGCAACGAUAUACGAUUAAUAAACUGGGAGGAAGGCAACUAUCGCGUCACGAACAAACCUUACCCGCAGGGUGAGAUCGUCGUCGGUGGUACGACCGUCUCGAAAGGUUACUACAAACUGCCCGGCAAAACGCAGGAAGACUUCUUCGAGGAGGACGGCCAGCGGUGGUUCCGCACCGGGGACGUGGGCGAAAUCCAUCCCGAUGGAGCGCUUAAGAUUAUUGAUCGUAAGAAGGACCUGGUGAAGCUGCAGGCCGGCGAAUAUGUGUCGCUCGGUAAGGUGGAAUCGGAGCUGAAAACGUGCCCGGUGGUGGAAAACAUCUGCGUGUACGGCGACUCGACGAAGCAGUUCACGGUGGCGCUGGUCGUGCCGAACCCGAAACAUUUGGAAGAUAUCGCCGAACGGUUGGACAUACGCGGGGUCGAGUUUGAGGAUCUGUGCGACAACAAGAAGGUGGAGAAGGCGGUCCUGCAGGAGAUGGCUGACCAUGGCCGUAAAUGCAAACUGCACCGUAGCGAAAUCCCUGCCGCCGUACACCUGUGCAAGGACAUCUGGACGCCCGACAUGGGUCUGGUGACGGCCGCCUUCAAGCUGAAGCGCAAAGACAUCCAGGAGCGGUAUCAGGCCGAAAUCACCAAGAUGUACGCGUCGUAGAUCCAGCUACCCGCUUAUCCCGGCAAGCGCGCGCAGACACAGCAGAACAAGCAAACACAUACCAAGAGAAAACAAGCGAAGCGAAUUCGUGAUUUUUGUUGUACACGUAAGGCUGUAGUAGAAAUCAUUCAAACUCCCCCUCCCAACAAGGCGAACGAAUGCAAAACAAGAAUAGGCAACAGAGGCAACACAGUUCUCACAGCAGACAGUCAGAAGCGCAUCCGCGUGCUAUCUCGUGCUCCUUUCUCGACAGCAAACACAAACCCCCAACAGACGGCAGAGGCUUUGGUUCGAUUUGCUUAACAUGCUGAUAGGGGGUGACAUUAAUGGCCAACCUUUACCCUGCCAGCGGGCGUAAAGCUCUGACCCUGUACUUCAUGAGUGAGCCAAACGGUAGCCAAAUGGAAAGGAAUAUUGCAUUGAGGAGAUCGGCGAUGAAGUUUUGAUUCAUCAUGUUGGGUUCCCACCCACCAACAGCAACGCGUCCGGCUAGUCGUAUUUGUUUCUUCUUUUUUGUUUUCUUUUUUGGGGCGGGAUGAAGAGUUGAAUUUAUUGUUUGUUUUCGUUACUUUAUAGCAUAUACGUAUACACACACACACACCCUUCGUUUUCUAUCCGUCUUCGUUUUCUUCCGUACUUUCGGUUAGUUGUAGUAGUUGCGCUGUACGUUGUUUUGAUUUGUUUUUGGUUUGUUUUAGUAGUACCGUUCACCUCUAUUGUGCUGGUGUUCGAAGACGAAAUAAGAGCAAACAAGCGUGAGAAAAGAGAGCUUCGAGUAUUCGUUCUAAGUGGUAUGUUCCUUCCUUGCGCCUAAGAGAUCAUCGCGAUCGAGUAGGAUCGAUUCCCCCGGCUGAGUUUAAGUGCGCUAUUAUAUACCAGAUGAAGGAGGAAUCUGGAAGGGGGCGGCGGGGCGGGGUUUUGUAUAGGCACAGGGUAGAUAGAAAGACUUUAUUACAAACAAACAAAAUCGGAAUUCCAACCAAAGGGGACGCGCGCUCUAAUGGGCAUGUGGGAAUCAGUUUCGAACAAAACCUGGUGUUUGAAGAGUGUGUGUGUGUGUGUGUGUGUGCAAAACAAAUGGCUCUCGUGUAGGGCGAUGUAACACGUACGCGAAUAGUCUUUAAUAAAAUGUAGCAAAAUCCAGCGCCCAUCCUUUAACACGGUUACAUUUUUCUUUCACAUUUGCGGCUCUCCGUAAGCGCUUCGUUGCGUCCCUCUGUUCUUCAUCGAUGUAUAAAAUGAUGCAAAAAGGAGGAGCUGGGUGAGGGUUUACCAGUAAUAAAUUAUUGUACCAAGUAGAUAGUAGUUUAGCUAAACAAAACAAACUAAAGCGGCGCGCGAUUUAGACUUGAAAUUAGUAAGUCGUCCCCCCCUAACGAACGAUAAUGAUCGACGAAUUGAACUUUUGGAGCUUUUUGGUAGCGUGUAGUGUGGUGGUUUAGGUUUCAGUUUUGUUUUUUUGGGGACAUGGCGAACGAGAGGUUAGGAGCCAAAGGCAGAGGCCAGCCACGAGAGACGAGGUGUGGGACUCGUUUGUUACGGUUGUUACACUACUUGAUAGAGACAGACAGGCUCGACAGACAGACAGACAAAUAAGGUGCCGAGGCUAGGCUUCAAUCGUGGCAAUUAUGUGUACAUAUAAGUAUAUCGUACGUGCGGGGUUAGGUUUAGGCAGCGGCGCGGUGAUCAUCACUAAUCACUGCGAUUGUGCGAUUACUCUGUAUAGAAAAAACAAGGUGGUGUACCCAACAGUAAGUUAAGCCGGGUUUAUGUUUUGUUGCUAUUUUUUGCUCUCCCCUUUGAUGAUUUACUAUACAAGUGUCGUAUUUUGACGAUCACGCUUGUAAGAAUAUAAAUACAUAUACAUAAAUACAUACACGUACACAUAUAUCUAGUACCAUAACACCUAUAGGAAUCAGCUCCAAACAGAUAAGAAAGGAAGGGAGGAACAAGCAACCAACUUACUAACACAGUUAUUGGGAUUGUGGGUUUUAGGGGGUAUAGGGUAGGGAGAGAGAGAGCGAGAGGAAUAGGUAACAACUAUUAGCGCGCCUACAUUACGGUAAGAGAGGGGCCAUCAUUAUAAGCUCCUGAAUUGGCGCAUAAUACCUGUGAGAGUUGCUGAUGUGCUGAACAGUGGAACAUUAGGAAACGGUAGAAGAUGUGUAGGUAGAGCGCAUGCGAUUUUCGAGAGUCUGAUUAGUUAUAGCAGCAUAGAGGGGGGUCGGCUCGGUUGUUGAGGGUAGUGGGAGUGAAGAAAACUGGAUCUAAAUCAACGAGCACGAGGCGCGGAUUUCAAGUGCUAGAGGGGAAAUAGGCAGCGAAACCAAGUGUUGCAGCAGCAGCUAGGGGGAUGCAAUGCAAUGAUGAAUGAAGGAAACAAUAAAGUUCACUAAAUAUCAAA